AUGAAAAUCAUUUAUGGACUAUUUGAUUAAAAUUAGAAAAUAUAUAAAAAAUCUUAGUUUAAAUAUUCAAAUUCAAAUUUGAAAUUUAGUAACUAAAUAAAAUAAAAAUAUUAUGAAAUGUAUAUGUAUUUAUCUAUCUAUCUAUCUUAUUUUUGGUUGAGAUUUAUAUGUUUUAUAUUGCUUGAGUUAUUUUUUAUUUUUGUUUCUUGUGUUUUUAAUUGUUUUUUAUCUAUUUUAUCUUAUAUUUUAUUUAUUUAUUUUUUUAAUUUAUUUUUAAUUUUUAUUUAUUUUUAUCUUUUUCUUUCUUUUUUAUAGUCUCUGAUGUUGCUCUUUUGCUCUUUAGGUUCCUAGUUUAAAAAAUAUUUUUAUAUACGGAAUAAGACAUAGGAGAAAGCGUUCUAGUCCUUUUUAUUUUUCUUUUUUUCUGUUGUAAAUUAGAUUCUUUUUUUGGCAAGGCGGAGGAUUUUGGGAUUGCAAUAAUUAUCUGGCGGGCUAGAUAAUUAGCUUUUGAGGGGGAAUUCGUUUGCCAUUUUUAAGAUUGAAUUUAAUCAAUCCAUCGGAAUGAAAUAUCUCUAUUCUAUUAAUUAAUAAAUAAUUAACACAUCUCUCUAAUUUGUAUAACCAUUCAAUAUGAAUUUGGUUAUUAGAGAUAUUUCAUUCAUUCUCUGGAGUAAAAUGUGA